AGGGUGGGGGAGCGCUGCGAGGCCCCUUCCGCUCCUCCGACCUCUCACCCGGCGGCGAUCAGCGGCACAACACGGAAGUGCGAUGGCGGCCGCGGCGGAGGAGGCAGCGGGAAGCGGCGGCGGCUCCCCAUCCUCCGCCCGGCGCCGGCUGCGCAUCAUCUGUGGGCACCUGCGGGGCUCACCCCGGGCGCCGGAGCGGGAAGCGCUCUCCCCGAGCCCCUGCAAGGCGCAGGGAGCUUCCUUCGGGCCGCCCUCCGGUUCCAUCCCGAAGAAGCGGCAAGAACUCUUGAAAUGGAAUGGGUGGGGAUAUAAUGACUCCAAAUUCAUCUUCAAUAAGAAGGGUCAAGCAGAAUUCACAGGAAAAAGGUACAGAUUAGGUGGUAUGAUAUUACCAACUUUUAAGGAAUGGAUAGAAAAAACCUUUGGAGCAAGUCUGGAGCACAAAACUACCUCUAGAGCAUCCUUAAAUGUUAAUGAUGUACCUCCAUCCAUUGUAAGUGAAGAAUUUCUUCAGGAUCUUAGAGCCACUAAAAUCUCACAUUCACAGGAUGCAGAAGAUAGGGUAUUCAGAGCUCAUGGUCACUGCCUACAUGAGAUAUUUGUACUCAGGGAAGGAAUGUUUAAGCGAGUUCCUGAUAUAGUUGUAUGGCCUGUUUGCCAUGAAGAUGUAGUUAAAAUUGUGGAAUUAGCCUGCAAACACAAUCUCUGCAUAAUACCAUUUGGGGGAGGCACGAGUGUCUCUAGUGCCCUUGAAUGUCCUGAAGAAGAAAAAAGAACAAUUGUCUCACUGGAUACAUCACAAAUGAAUCGAGUUCUCUGGAUAGAUGAGAAAAACUUAACAGCAUGUGUGGAAGCUGGCAUCGUUGGACAAGAUCUGGAAAAACAGCUUGCUGAAAGUGGCUUCUGUACAGGCCAUGAACCAGACUCCAUGGAGUUCAGUUCACUAGGAGGAUGGGUAGCAACGCGAGCAUCAGGCAUGAAAAAAAACAUCUAUGGAAACAUUGAAGAUCUGGUGAUUCAUAUAAAAAUGGUAACUCCCAGAGGAAUAGUAGAAAAAAACUGUCAAGUACCUCGCAUGUCAACAGGACCUGAUAUCCAUCACUUCAUUAUGGGAUCUGAAGGAACUCUUGGAGUGAUUACUGAAGUUACGAUAAAGAUUCGCCCAAUCCCUGAAUACCAGAAGUAUGGCUCUGUAGUCUUCCCCAACUUUGAACGAGGAGUGGCCUGCUUAAGGGAAGUGGCAAAGCAGAGAUGUGCUCCAGCAUCAAUUCGCCUUGUCGACAAUGCACAGUUUCAGUUUGGUCAUGCUCUUAAACCUCAAGUUGCUUCCAUUUUUACAUCAUUUUUGGAUGGACUGAAAAAAUUCUACAUCACAAAGUUUAAAGGAUUUGAUCCCAACAUGCUAUGUGUAGCUACCUUGCUUUUUGAGGGUGACAGAGAGAAGGUUCUGCAGCAUGAAAAGCAGGUCUAUGAUAUUGCCACCAAGUUUGGUGGCCUGGCAGCAGGUGAAGAUAAUGGACAGAGAGGAUAUAUGCUGACAUUUGUCAUCGCUUACCUUCGGGACCUGGGCCUGGAUUACUAUGUAAUAGGAGAAUCGUUUGAGACAUCUGUUCCUUGGGAUAGGGUUUUGGACCUUUGUAGGAAUGUAAAGGAAAGAAUAGUAAGAGAAUGCAAAGAAAAGGGUGUUCAGUUUGCUCCUCUUUCUACCUGCAGGGUGACACAGACGUACGAUGCAGGUGCAUGCGUCUACUUCUACUUUGCCUUUAACUACAGAGGAAUUAGUGAUCCUAUUCAUGUCUAUGAACAAAUUGAGAGGGCUGCUAGAGAAGAAAUACUUGCCAACGGAGGAAGUCUGUCACAUCACCACGGAGUAGGCAAAUUGCGGAAGCGCUGGAUGAAGGAGAGCAUCUCUGAUGUUGGCCUGGGAAUGCUGAGAUCUGUCAAAGAAUAUGUGGACCCCAAUAACAUCUUUGGAAACAAAAAUCUUUUAUAAAGCCCUGUACAACAUGAUAUACUAAAACCUCCUCAAAAUUACUGUUGAAAUUUCUCCACUUUCAUUGUAUUGAUAUCCCAGUAAUCAAAUAUAACAUAGACUAAACUUCAAAAACUAGUAACUUAACACUGAUUUUUGCCACCCCCUUCCCCCCACCCCCAAUAAAAUGUAAACAUCCCUAUUAAUGUUUAUGGAUUUUUACUUACAAUUCUCUUAAACUCUUCAGUAACCCACUUGGGCACAAAGGACAUUACCAACCAGAAAACGCAAAUUUGAUUUUUCAGGUUUGGUUAGAUAACACAGCUGACAGUAUUUUCAAUGAUUGAUACUGCCAGAUGUUUCUUACUAAAGCACCCCCUGCAAGGAGAACAAAGACUGACAAGUGUCUUCUACAGAAGCAGCUACUCAACGCAGCUUCUUGCUAAAGGAAAGCUGGUAAGAGACAGAUGAAAGAACACCAAGGAUUACUUCACUGUACUGGAGCAUUAAGUAUGUAACAGACUUGUAACCAGCAAAUACUUAAAUAGUUAAAGUAUAACUGUAGGUUUUGAUCAAAAGAGACAAUGUAGGUCAAAAUUUAUUGUAAAAACUCAGUCUCACACCAUAGUACUAUUGGAGAACCUUACAUGAUUGAGCUGUUCUGAGUUCUAUUUGCAUUGCUGGGAUAAUCUUAAAUUAAUUGUAGAUCAGUCACCAUAAGUUUUGUACAAUGGACAUUUCUCACUGUACGUCAAACAGAUUUGUAACAAAAAUUUGCGUUUAUCUGUACUUCAGUCCUAGUGUGUAUGGGUUUUGCUCCUGUUUUGUUUGUUUUGCAGAGAUGCAAAAUAUCUUUUUUCAGUAAAAAAAAAAAAAGUUUAGCUAUUCAAAUGAAACUGCCCAGCACUGUCUUUUGAAACAGUCUCAACAGUUUACUAGAACACUUGAGUGGAAAACAUACUGUCAUCCUGAAAGUGAGAUCUCCCAUUUUAGUUUUGUACAGUUUCCUGUGGCCUUUAUGAAUCAUUUACUUCACUAGUAGCCACAAUUUUAAUUGUCCAUUGGACUUUAAGAAAAUGAAAUAUUUUCUUGAUCGGUAUCGUAUGAGAGUAAGCAUUUUUACAUUGGAACUUGAAUCUUAAUCAGUAAAACAAAGUAUUUGUCAAUACUCAUCCAUUUUUAAAGUGGGUUCUUUUCUUAAAGCAAAUUAUCCAACUUUUUGAUACCUAAUGUAGAUGAUUGCAUAGGAGAGAAAAAAUACAAACUAUCCUUUGAGGACAUUGUCUCUAGCAACCAACUGCUUCACAGCUCUGUAGUGUCAGUUUGGACACCUUUUGUAUUGCUAGUGCCCUUAAUGAGGAGGAAAAGAUAAAAUUGCAUUUUUGUUUUUAAACUAUUUUAGAGUACUAAUUAGCUCUCAGUUCUGGUAAUAUACCAAAAAGAGUAUAAAAUGCUUGAAAAUGCUGCAUAUCAGACGACUUUGAACUUGUUUAAAGAUUAAUUUUGAUGCUAUAAUUGAGAGGAUCAAAAAACAUGAACACUCAAAACAUCACUUUAAAAUGCAUGCUGUCAAGGUGCUUAAGGGAAACUUUUUAUGACCUGCAGAUCAUAAACAGAAUGUUAAUAUAUUUGCAAUGCAGCUGGAUUUAUUUUGAAUGGUCUUUUGUUGGGUUUGGUUGUUUUGGUUUUUUUUUUUGCAACAUUUCAACAUAAAAAUCUCCUCUCUUGUGGUUUUGCUUUUGGUCCCCAGAGUUCAUAGUUCAGCAGCAACCACGGCAAUAGGUGUAGCCUGUUUUAGGAAACUGAGUCUUGGCACUGUGGGUAAGUGUUCCUUAAGUACACACUUGGUGUCUCAGCAAACGAAUCUGUACAUGUUUGUGCAGGGGACUUCCUCCUCUCGCACGCUGUGUGGUGAUGGCCACUGCUGACUUCUUGCCGAUUACUUGUAUCACUCUGUAAAAGAGGCCUUUCUAGGAGUUGGUGAAUGUGAAGGGUGAAAAUGAAUGGUGUUUAUGUGCCUCAAUAAAAGUAUUUGUCUAACUAUGUAUAAUCAAUUUUGAAGGAAAGUACGUGAAGCCUUUUUGCAGAACAACAGCACAAAUAGAAGUAAAACAAAUAGUCAUAACUCAGUAAUACUGGCCUCUUAAGAUUUUGACUCAAGCACAACACAGAUCUGCAACAUCCUUCCCAAAUAUGAAUUUUCUGAAUAUGGUUUCCUCAUGCAUUUUCUUGUAUUGAAAUUAAUGCAGUCAAAACCUUCCUAUGCUCUCUAUUUCUAAGCUUUAAAUAGCCAUCAGCUUCUGAAGUGAUUUCAAAUGCAGUAAAGACUUUUACUACAUGUCAGUUGUCCUAUGGGAAGAUGAAAUAACAGGCUAUAAGGCUCCCCAAGCAAUGACACUGGAUAGCUGAGGAAAAGAUUAACUACAAAAGUAAUAGAUUUUUUUUUCUGUUGGCUGCCCUAUUGCUGUUUUCCUAAAUAUUUUUCUGUCUUGUGAACUUGGCCAGAGCUUAGUGAAGCUACACUUACAGUCUUUAAUUUCACAUUUAAAUUCCUAAUGAAAAUAGAGAAAAGUGUGAUGCGAGUUCAGGAGGCCUAGAUCCACACAUUACCCAUUUGAAAGAAAUCCCUCCUUCUCUGAUACUAAUGUCUUCCACCACUCUUCUGUAUCCUGUACUUUCUUUAUGAAGACUUCGCUUCUCAUAGCUGCAGACUGUUUAGAGAUGGUGUUUGAUCCACGCAGAUCAGAAGUGUAUCUUGGCACAGCACAUCACAUCACUCAUUAAUUUGCUUGACUGUUUUGUCCAUAUAUAAGUUACAAGCAGUUUUAAUUAAGCUUGUCAUGACUUCCAAUACACAACUUCUGCUCUCUUUGAAGGAGAGGUGCAGAGUAAGUAUGGCUUGACUGCAAAAGAUAUUUACUUUUACAAAAGCUUUGAGGGAAAUAAAGAAAAAUCUGUUAGAAAUUGAUCCAGGGUGUAAAUCUUACAGUUGAAGAAAAAUAGCUCUUCUUGACUUGACUUAUAGUAUAUUGGUUGAGUUAGAGGUGUCAUCUUUGCCUUACAGCUGUGAAUAGAGGCCAGGCCAAAUAGUUCUUCCAUAGCAAUGUCAAUUAACUGAAACCCAUUUCAAAGGCAGGGAUACACUAGCACUGAAAUCUAGAAAAUACAAAUCGCUUCUCAACCUCGGAAAUGUGUGUUUAUCAAGGUUGUAAUUCAACUUUCUGCAAAUAAAGCCAAACAGUGUUUGUCAUUUUAGUGUGAGAUUAACUGUAAAACUUCAGUUGUAAUGUUAAGAGAUUACAGAACCUUAUAUUAUUAAUAAAAGGAAAAUGGGCCUAAACAAUGACGUGUUUUUGUGCUGAAACUAAGAAAAUAUAUUCUAUUAACUUGCCAUCUUUGGUUUAUUUUAAUUUGAUGGUGGACUUACCAAAGGAAAACUAUUAGGAAGGCUUUGAUACUUGCAGAGAGAAGUGAGGCUGAACUUGUAAAUAAAUGCUAAUAGAAGCUCUGCUUUUGUGUCACACGUAAAGUAGGAAAAUGAGAGAAUUUCAGUGAAGAAAGGGUAAAAAAAGGCUUGAACACCACUCUACUUAGUUCAGAAACUUUGCUUCUACAGUAUUUCCUGUUUGGGCAGCAAGGGGAUUGUGUUCAACAGCGCCUGAAAAGUGCUCUCAGUGCAAUACAGGAGCAUACCUUGUCUUAGCUUCCCCAUAUGUCAAAGAUCCCUUGCAUUAAGUUAUUGCAACACGUAUAUAGUUAACCUACUGUUGUGCAUGUCUCAUUUAAACCCACCUUGGUACAAGUCCUGGGAUCUGCCUGAAAGUUCUAUGCAUGUGAAUGCAGGUUGGGUGAGCAGAAGAGGACUGUCUAGGGUAUCUGCAUCGCUGAUAUAAAGCCUGUGUAGCCUUUAAGUUAAAGUGGCUGAAAUCACAUCUCGCUUGAAAGAACUAUUGAAUUGUCUUAAUGUUAAUGCAUUUUCUUCAACACAGGGUUUUCAAAACCCAUGAAAGUCAUAGAACUAUGGUUUGAUUUGUAGAACUAGUAAUGAUUUCUCAAUAUGAUCCCAUCUUUUUCAGUGUUUGUUCCCAGGAAGGAGAAAACUACCUGACAGUCACGCAUUUUAUUUGUGUUUCCUUUCUCUUAACAGCAAAAAAAAUGCAGUAUUUUUACUUGGAUCUAGAUAGCCUCAGUUUUAAGGAGAUCUUAGACAAUGAUAUACUUGUCUCAAGAUGACAGCCAGAUCCCGUCAGUGUUCUCUUUGUUUAAAAUAAGUAAAUUCUAUGAAAAGUUGGACUUGAGCUUGCAGCUGUGUAAAUACUAUAGGCUCACUGUUUAUGGUUUUGUAGUCCCAACCCUGGCUCUGAAUUCCACAUUACCUUUAACAUAAAUUGAUGUCUUUCCCAAGGCUCUUCACGGAGACCAGAAUUGCCAGGUGGUUGCUUUGUUCAUCAUCAGUUUUAAGGUCUGUUGUGGUGCUCAGGAGCAGAGGUGGUCAACGAUAUUUUUCAAAAAUGUUUGCUAUACUGUCUUUGAAAAAUAGUAGUGCUGUCAGUUUGAGAUUAAAAAUUCCAUUUCAAAAAUACGUGGGUUAUGUCUUGAAUUGUACUGUUACUCUCAAUAUUUACCAAUACAAGUUGCAAUAAUAUGUACCUCUACUGAA